AGAGCAAGCAGCAGCAUCUCCGAAGGCUCCUCCAAACACGAACCACCAGCACCAACUCAACAGUGUCUCUUUCUACGACACGCAAGGGAGCGUCAAAACCAACACGAAAGCCAGUUUGAGGAGGAGGAGGAGGAGGACAGCUGACGUCACGGAGAGGGAGCGAGAGAGCCAGGAGCAGGCAGCUGUUCCCCCGGAUGGUGGUGCUGAAAUCGAUUCUGUCAGACCAAACAGGGCGGAUGCUGUGGAUGAUAAGGGAAGACAUCCCGAGCGAUUUGCCCUCCCGUCGUUGCUUAUCCUCCUUGCGCCUUUCUGCUUUCAAAGGGGAACACCAUUUCACGUUUUGGGGCGUGAAACCGGCCUGCUCCGAUAGACAGCGAAGAAACGCAGAGGGGAGAAGAUAGGUCUGCCUGCCGCAGAGAUAGAUAACCGGCAAAUUUAAGGGGUUGCGGCUCAGGCCUGGGUUUAUGGAGCAAAGGAUGCCCACAAGCUAAACUCACAAGUUCAAUUCCAUCUGCAAAAAGCGACCGAAGAAAAGCCUCGCAAAGAUGCAAACCAAAGCAGGCAGCGCAGACGGGGAGGAGGCCGCUCAGGCGGAGGUACCCACCGCCUCUGGGUCUCUAGAGGCGGGGUCCGUGACACAGCAAGACCAGGGCCUUCUGGAUGAGAUGGAGAAAUUACUGGAGGAAAACGAUGAUCUUAAGUGUGAGAUCGAGGAGAUGAGGAACGAGAUGGACGAGAUGCGCGACACCUUCUACGAGGAGGACACCUGCCAGCUGCAGGAAAUGAGGCGUGAGCUGGAGAGAGCCAAUAAGAACUGCCGGAUCCUGCAGUACCGCUUGAGGAAGGCAGAGCGGAAGAGGAUGCGCUACGCACAGACGGGGGAGAUCGAUGAAGACCUGCUGAGGAGCCUCGAGCAGGACCUCAAGGUCGCCAAAGACGUGUCGGUACGACUCCAUCACGAGCUGGAGAACGUGGAGGAGAAACGCACCAAGACGGAAGACGAGAACGACAAACUGAGGCAGAAGCUCAUCGAGGUGGAGGUGACCAAGCAAGCCCUGCAGAACGAACUGGACAAAACCAAAGAGUCUCAAAAGCGACGAGGAAGCAAAGAUCUACUGAAGACAGACAAGAAGUCGGCGGGGACGCCUGCUGAGGAGGACAACGAGGACCUCAAGUGCCAGCUGGCCUUCAUCAAAGAGGAGGCGGUGCUGAUGAGGAAGAAGACGGCCACCAUCGACAAGGAGAAGGACCGCCUGGAGCAGGAGCUCCAGAAGUACCGCUCCUUCUACGGGGACCUGGACAGCCCCCACCCCAAGGGUGAGGCCGGGGGCCCGCCCACCACCCGCGAGUCUGAGCUGAAGCUCCGCCUCCGCCUGGUGGAGGAGGAGGCCAAUAUCCUGGGCAGGAAGAUCGUGGAGCUGGAGGUGGAGAACCGGGGCCUGCGCGCCGAGCUGGACGACCAGCGGGGCGAGGGCGAGGGCGGGGAGGACGGCAGCCGGGGGCCGGGCGGCGCGGGCCGGGGGCGGGGCCUGCGGGAGGACCUGACGGAGCUGCGGCAGCAGCUGCAGCUGGUGGAGGACGAGGCGGAGCUGCUGCGGAGGAACCUGGCCGACUCGGAGGACCAGAACAAGAGGGUGACCACGGAGCUGAACAAGAUGCGCUUCAAGGCCGGCACCCUGGAGGGGGGCGGGCGCCACGGCGGGGGGGCCGCGGCCGCCGCGCUGGCCAUGGACAGCGCCAAGGUGGACGCCCUGCAGGAGGAGCUGAAGAUGGCCAGGCUGCAGAUCAACGACCUCAGCGGCAAGGUGAUGCAGCUGCAGUACGAGAACCGCGUGCUGCUGUCCAACAUGCAGCGCUACGACCUGGCCUCGCACCUCUCGCUGCGGGGCAGCCCGCGCGACAGCGACGCCGACAGCGACGCGGGCGGCGGCGGGGGUCCCGGCGGCGGCGACGACUCCGCCCCCUCCGCCCGGCUGCAGCCCCCGCACCGCAAGCGCGAGGGUCCCGUGGGCGGGGAGAGCGACCCGGACGAGGUCAGAAACGGAAACAACGGCGGCGGCGGCGGCGGCGGCAACGGCGUUGGGCGCUGCUUGACCCCCACGCGGGGGCUCUACACCCCCACGGGGCUGGACGGGGGCGCCCUCCCCUCGUCGGCCUCCUCCUCCCCCACGGCCGCCUUCGCCCGCUUCCUUCCUGGCGGCGGUGGUGGUGGCCGCGGCAACGGCGGCGGCGGGGGCAUCAGCGGCCUGCGCGAGAGGCAGCAGAUGAUGGACAUCCGCAUGGAGGCGGAGCGUCUGGUGCGCACCAUGGACCGCCUCAUCGCCGACACGGCCUCCAUCAUCUCGGACGCGCGGGUCUACGGCGGCGGCGGCGAGCUGAUGUUCGGCCGGGGGGGCGGCGGCGGCGGCGGCGGCGGGGGGGAGGAGCGGGGGAGGGAGGAGGAGCAGGAGGGCCUGGGGAUCGGGAUGGGAGGGCGGUUCCGGGAGCACGAGCUGCUGUACCGCAUCAGCGCCCAGAUGAAGGCCUUCCGGAAGGAGCUGCAGGCCUUCAUCGACCGCCUGGAGCUGCCCCAGCUGGAGGGGAGGGACACGGAGGAGCCUCUGUCGAUGUUCCAGCCCAUAAUUCUUCUCAUCCUCAUUCUUGUGUUGUUCUCAUCUCUAUCCUACGCCACCAUCUUCAAACUAGUCUUUCUUUUUACCCUUUUCUUCGUCCUGUGAUUUUUCUUCCCCCACCUUUUCGUUAUCUUUUUGUUUUCUUCUGAGUUUCAUCCUUUGUUCUUUUUGCUCUUUUGACGUUUUUUCCUCCCCCCCCCCUCUCCCCAACACAUUCAUUGCCAUGGUAACCAAUAGCACAGGACAUUUGCUCUGGCCACAGACGCAUCCAAGGAAACACUGUUAGGUUCCACACUGACGUCUACAUUACCCAUAAUGCCUUGCCGACUG